AUGGGAAACCGCACAAUCACCGACAUCCUGUCCCUGCCGCACGAUACAGGCAGCAUCCCACAGCUUGGUUUCGGCGUCUACAAAUCUCCUAGAGAUGUCGCUACACAGUCCUGCCUGACGGCUCUCGAAGCCGGCUACCGCCAUAUUGAUACAGCGCAAUUAUACGCCAACGAGGAAGAGGUCGGCGAGGCUCUCAAGCAGUCACGCCUCGCCCGCAAAGACGUCUUCAUCACCACCAAGAUCCUCGACCCCGCCGGCUCAGUCGACAAGAACUACGACAAGUGUGUGGAGAGCAUCCAGAAGCUCGACAAGGACGGCUAUGUCGACCUCUUCCUUGUUCACAACCCUAAGUGCGGCAGUGAGAAUGUCAAGGAGAUGUGGUUGGCGCUCGAGAGGCUGCAUGAGGAAGGCAAGGCCAAGAGCAUUGGCGUGUCCAACUUCGGGAUCAAGCAUAUCGAGGACAUGAAGCCGUACGCCAAGGUCUGGCCCCCGACGGUCAACCAGAUCGAGCUUCAUCCGUGGUGCCAGCAGAAGGAGAUCGUCGAGUACUGCGAGGAGCACGGAAUUGUGAUCGAGGCAUAUUGCCCGAUAGUCCGGAACAAGAAGGCCGAUGAUCCUACUCUCAACGCCAUCGCGAAGAAGUACGGCGUCACACCUAAUCAAGUCUUGAUUCGAUACAGCCUCCAGCGCAAUUGGGUGCCCUUGCCAAAGAGCGACAGCCCAGAUCGAAUCAAGAUGAAUGCGGAUAUCUACGGGUUUGACCUCUCGCAGAACGAUAUGGCAACUCUCAAUGGCUUGGACCAGGGAACGCCCGGAGCCAUUUCCAAGGCCGUUAUCAACUCAUGA